AUGUCCAGUAGUACUCCUUGUGGUCCUUCAUAUCGCUACGAACCUCUUGAUGCUUCAGUAGGCUCCAUACGCUUACUCACAAUUCUGCCUCAUCUCUCUGGCACUGGACUCAUACAGUGCAAGAUCUGGCACGAUACUGUCGAUGCCACGUACACGUGUCUCUCAUAUGCUUGGGGCUCUGAAGAUGGCGAGCAACUUAUUUUGCUGAACGGAAAUGAGUUUCGCGUGCGCAAGAACCUCUGGGACUUUAUGAAAACGGCCAAGCAGAAGUAUGCCGACCAACCCCGUAGCUUUUGGAUCGACGCCCUGUCAAUCGACCAAGAAUCUAGAACAGAGCGCAAUCACCAAGUAGCGCAAAUGGGUCUAGUCUACUCCAAUGGCGUUGAAGUUAUAUCCUGGCUAGGUCUUGAUCAGCGUAUUUGUCGAGCCAUCAAAAUGAUUCUGCCGCCCUCGCCGUAUUAUACGGCUUUCUGUAAAGGAGAAGGGUUUAAAAUAUGGGAUCAACUCAACCCACAACUGCCCGGGCAACUCAAACGCGACUGGCUGGCAGUCACCAGAGCCGAUUAUUGGAUGCGAGCCUGGAUCACGCAGGAGAUUUACCUUGCGCGGAAAGUAAUACUUCUGGUUGACAAUGUCGAAAUCGAAGCCACAUACAUGUCACGAAUGGCUCCAUUCCUUGGCCACAUCAAUGAGCUCGAGGGAGACAAAUGGCUGAAGCCCGAAUACUGGGAUACCGAUACCAGAGUGUUCUUUACCUACUUGUACGCUUUUGCUAACAAAGCUCCGACCAAACUGAGGCUCAUUGAUUUCUUCAACCUAUUACCCGGCAGAGUGUGCGAACAUCCCCGUGACCGUGUCUACUCGUUGUUGGCCCUUGCAUCGGACACGAAUGGCAUCACAGUCGACUAUAAUGGGCCCAUCAGUGACGUCGUCUUGCAACUGUUACGCACAUACCGCACUACAAUGUUUCGUCAUGGGACCUGA